AUGUCGGAACCCUCGCAAGGCGCGCCCGCCAAGCCGCGCCUGAAGCUCAACGUCUCGCGCUCCGGCUCCUUCGUCACCGACCCAGCAGCCUCGACACCCGCCGUCGCAACACCCUCUGGCGACGGCACCCGCAAGGUCAAGCUCAAGGUCACCUCCUCUCAACCUCCCACGCCCGCCGCUGUCGCUGCCCCCGUCGCGCAGCCCGAUCUCCCUCCGCCCCCGCCCCCAGCCAAGACCAAGGCGGGCCGGCAACCCAAGCCGACGCAGAAGCUCGUGGAUAGCAAGAAGCGACCCCACGAGGACGACGACGACGACGAUGACGAGGACGAUGAUGACGACGCCCCCAUGGCGCACCACGCCAGCACGAGGAUCAAGAUACGACACACACCCAAGAGCACGCCUCGCGGCGGACCAACGCAGCUCGUCGUCAGACCCAGAGGACGUGCGCCCCCCCGACCGCCAGGCGAUGGCUACGACUCCGAGGCUAGCGACCGCGAGCUCGACCCGCACAUCGAAGAGCAGAUUGUCCUCCGCAUGCUGCCCGGCGAGCACUGCGACUACAUCCGGUGGUGCAUGGAGAACGGCAAGAUGGGCAUCCCCCGCGCCAGCGGCGGCGCCGACAUCCAGAUGAAGUUCUUUGAGGAGGAGACGCGCCGGGCCAUGAUCACGGUCAAGGGCCAGCCGUACGCCGCCGUCCUCGUGGACCUGCCGACCAUCACCGAGGCCAUGAAGAGCUGGGACCGCAAGAACUUUCUCAAGUCCGCCGACAUUUGCCAGAUGAUCUACGUCUACGCCCCCGUCGCCAACGAGGAGGAGGCCCGGACGCGCGCGCUCCCCGCCCUCGUGACCGAGCAGAAAUUCAAGUGGCCCCACGGUCUGACGCCGCCCAUGCACGACUGCGUCCACCGCCGCUUCGCCAAGAUGGUGUCGCGCGAGCAGAUUGAGGACAAGGAGGCCUACGUCAGUCGCCUCAUGGCCGAGGACGCCAAGGCCAAGAAGAUCUCGUACGAGUACGUCGACGUCGAUGACCUCGUCUCGGGCGACGAGGACGAGGACGAGGACAUGGAUGCCGAGGGCGAGGUCGACGACUCCAUGGGCUACUUCAACCAGCCCAUGGACGGCGUCUUUGGCGACGACGACGACGACGGCGACCUCGAGGCCGAUCUCGAAGCGGCCUUUGCCAACGAGGACCUCGCGGCCGACACGCCCGCCACCGGGGCCGAGGGCAUCACCCCGAUGCCGGCCACCCAGAUCGACACGCCCGGCAGUGCCAUGGGCCCUCAUGCCGUGCAGCAGUCCAUCGAGGAUGGCGAGUCUGAAGAGGACGCCGAUGACGAUGAUGACGACGACGACGAGGAUGACGAGGAUAUGGACGAUGAUGAGCGCGCCGAGCGGGACGAGCUCGAGGGCGUCAAGGACAUCAUCGCCGACAUGAACAAGCAGCUGGCGGCCAAGCAGGCGGACUUGGAGAAGCAGACGAAUGCCAUCCUCCGGCAGAGACUGCAGAAGCAGAUUGGCCAGCUCAAGUCGGAGAUUGAGCUCAAAAUGUCGUCCAUUGGCAUGGAGGCGGAUGAGUAG